AUGAACUUGCCCCCACCGAGCGUCUCCCUCUUCUCCCCAAGCCAGGUGGCCCGCGUCUGCGAAGCCCUGCAGGAAAGCGGGGAGUUCGAGCGCCUCGCCCGCCUCCUGUGGUCCCUGCCACCGACCCUCUCCCUGCGGCACCCCGAAGGCCUCGGCGGCGCCCGCCACCACGGCUGCCGUGAGCUGGACGUGCUGGGCAGCUCGCCCCCCCCGGCGGCCUGGCUGGCGCCCUGCUGCAGCCAAGCUGCUGCCUACCCCCCAGAGCCCUUGGGCCUCCUCCGGCCCGGAGACAGGCUCCUGGGGGCCCUGCCAGGCGGCCUGCCCACCGGGAAGAAGCUGCCGGGCCCGCCGAGGGAUGCUGCCCCCGAGGGCGAACAGAAGGCCAACGGCUUCAAGGAAAGGACACGCAACCUCCUGCGGGAAUGGUACCUCCAGGAUCCGUACCCAAACCCUUCCCGCAAACGGCAUCUUGCUCAGGCCACGGGGCUCACUCCCAUCCAGGUGGGGAACUGGUUUAAAAACCGUCGGCAGAGGGACCGUGCCGCUUCAGCCAAGCACAGGACGCAAAAGGAGCCACCGACCCGGCCUGCGGAUGCCACACACGCCUCCGGAAGCGAAAGCGCCAGCUGUGCCCCCUCCCUGUUGAGGGACGGCAGGAUUCCCAGGGAGCAGGGGGCUCCCACGGCCUGCACCGGCGAGGCCAAGAGCAGCCAAGGAGCAGGGAAGGGCUGGGAAGUCUGA